UAAACAACUGCACUGUUUGUAGCACCACUCCGUUCAGUUCGAAAGUACUCCAUUGCGUAUACGCAACGCCCAGUGUGAUCCAACCAAUGAGAUUACUCCUUGAUUAUGUUAACCACGCCUUUCGUCUGCGCUCGCGCAUUGCGUUGAUAACGAGCGAGCUUAGUUAUUAAGUUACGCUUGAAUGAGUCGGUUUGGUGCACGUGUUUUAUGUGUUUUUGUGUUACGAAAAUGACGUCUGUCAGUGGAGACGUGACCACGUCCAAGUUAAAGUUCAGUGUGGACAGUAUAUUGGGGAAUAAUGACAGAAUGACUGACAGGAAUGAGUCCAGUGCAGUGGAGGUUCGCGCGCAGGAGCCGCCAUGCGCUGGUUGCGUGGCCGCACUUUAUAGAUGCUGUAGAGACGAGCCUCCCCUGUUGCAGUUGCAACUGCCUCUGCCAUAUGCACAUUUGCAUCCGGCGUUGAGGCCUACCUCCGCGGUCUACCGAUUGCCCCUGCCAACGUCGUCCCCCACACAAUCGGCGCCGCGCUGUGACGUCACGUCCACAGGCAAGAGGAAGCGCUCGUGGUCGCGCGCCGUGUUCAGCAACCUGCAGCGGAAAGGCCUGGAGAGGAGGUUCCAGAUACAGAAGUACAUCACCAAACCGGACCGGCGACAGUUGGCUGCCACUUUGGGAUUAACUGACGCACAGGUUAAAGUGUGGUUCCAGAACCGUCGAAUGAAAUGGCGGCACACGAAGGAAGGGCGCGCGGGCGUCGGCACCGCGUCCGCGAGGGACCCUGACUCCACGGCUCAUGACGACAACGAGGACAUAGACGUGGACACGCUCAGUGAUUGAACCUUAGGUAUUCUAUCACAACACACGAGAGAAGGGUGCGGGCGUCAUUGUCGUGUCCGCGAGGAACCCUGGCUCCACGGCUCACGGAGACAACGAAGACAUAGACGUGGACAAGCUCAGUUAUUGAACAUUAUUCUGCUACAACACACGAAGGAAGGGCGCACGGGCGUCGGCGCCGUGUCCGCGAGGAACCCUGACUCCACGGCUCACGGAGACAAAGAAGACAUAGACGUUGACACGCUCAGUGAUUGAACAUUAUUCUGUCACAAUACACGAAAGAAGGGCGCACCUUCUACGAAAUCCGUAGAACAUUUUGUAUAACUGAUUAUCAAAUUCUUGAUUCUGGUAGCUGAGUUACCAGGAAAUAAAAAUUUCUGUGCGUCGGAAUGAUAAUAAUGUACCAAGCAGUUUGUAGUACAUUGUGGCUGUUAAGUUGUAUAACAAUUAA